AUGUUGUUACCCAACUGCCUCGCUUUAGUUAUAAAGACGGUCAAUUGUCACAGCACCAAUCAAAGCAGCAGCCGCCUUGUUGACGAUUCAGAGUUGAGCGCCUCGGAGCGUAGUCGUCGCUUGAUACCUUACAUGGCCUUUUAUUUGCCAGCACCCGAGUUGCCCAUCAAUCAGCAAUAUGUGGCCAAGCAUUCUUCAGCCGCUGGCUCUGCUCUGCUGCAGGCACCUGCACCAGGUGGACGUAUACCCGUGCCUUUGGCCUACAUGCCACCGCAGCAUCAACAUCAACAUCCGCCCCAUUCACAUCCACAUCCGCCGCCUCAUCAUUUACCACACUCGCAGCGGGCGCAUUAUCAGUCCGAAGCAGGCGACGUGUACCAUGCAUUGGCUAUAGGUGGUAGCCAUCAUUCUCCUUCUCCAUCACCUGUACAGGCAAAGGAUCAGCAACCUAUUCCACCCGAUGUGGGCGCCACUUUUAUUGCCUACAAGCCAUUGAACCCAACGCAUAAGCACAAGACUGUGCAGCAUUUUCCGCCACUAACACCGCAGGAGCAGCAGCAACACCUCCACCACCACCAUCAACAGUCCCACCUACCCCAACAACAGCAGCAACAGUUUGAGCUGCUGUCUCCGCCGUUCCAUCGCCAGCGAGCCAAACAAUCAAAAAUCAAUUUAACACCGUUUACACCGCAGAAUACGCUGCCAGGACAGUUUAUACCCAUUAUUUAUACGCCACUAAGCAAUAGCAACAACAAUGAUCCACCACCGCCGCCCCAUAAUGGCGGCAAUACUAUCAAUUACAACAACAACAAUAGCAACAAGUCGCCGCCGCCGCCGCCACCAACAGAAAUUGUUUUUCAAACGUCGCCACAUAAAAAUUCCCAUCAAACACAAAUCGUUACGGAUUAUGCAGCAGCAUCAGCUGAAGUCACCUCAUCGGCGGAGCAGCAAUCAUCGGAGGAGCAAGAGGUACCACAACACCAGCCGCAGCAGCAGCCGGUGGUGCCCGAACAACCACCACCAAGCGUUGGCUAUAAUCCAGCGGCAUCAGCUUCCCCAUCAUCUCCUCCCUCUGGUACAAAAACUGCAUUGAUAAUACAUCAGAAAUUACCAACGAGUGGUUAUGGACAUGUUACCAAGUAUGAGAGUUACUUCAAUAUGGAGCCACCUGCCUCGUCCUCGUCACAGAUGACGCCUCAGGAGAAGUACGUGCUCUACUUACAGCAACGCAUGAAACAUGAAAAACAUCAUCAUCAUCAGCAUCAGCAUCAGCAUCAGAGCUAUGACCACCAGCAGCAGCCGCAACAGCAUCAUCCGUCAUCAUUGCCAGCGCAAAGCACUACAUUAGCUGGCAAGCACACACAGAAUCAUCAUACACCACAUUUGCUUUCGCAUACAUCAGUCGUACACACACAGCAACAGCAGCAGCAUAACACACACAAAUACAAUAACAAUGGGCCAUAUAUGCGUCCGGAUACGGCCUCUGGUCAACAGGUGUUGCAUAUUCCAUUACGCGCUCUCAUGACACAUGUAAUGACUGACGGUGGACAAGAGUUUAUUAAAGAUUCAGCCCUUGGCUCGCCAGCACCGCCGCAGUUUGUGGACUACCUCAUAGAUGGACCAACACAAUCACUGGAAGAGGAUCAACAUCAUCAACAACAGCAACAGAAGCCCCAACAUGCAUAUAUUUUGGUAACAACAACAGCUCCGCGUAUUGAACAACAUCCAUCGAAGCCUCAACUUCAUGAAAUAUCUACACAACAUCCUCCACCGACUGCAUACAAUCGGCAACCGACAUUACGCCUGAAACCUGUACAGCAGCAUACCUACAAAGCUACCAGGAGACCUAUAUAUGUAACAACCACAACCCAGGCACCACCACUACCACCACCACAUGCACCGCCGAGUCACACUGUUGAGAUUACACCAAAAUAUGUCUAUGUAUCGAGUAAACCACCAAUAACCUCAAAUGAAGAGGAGUUUGUGCCCAGCCGAGAGUCAUCUACCGUGACACCAAUUAAACUGAAACCAAUCUAUAAAUAUGCCCAUGAAAGGCCACCAGUUCUGAGUCCCCACCAUCAUCAGCAGGUUGAUGAAGAUCAAUUGCCUGACAUAAGAACGUCAUCUUUGGCCGAAAUACUACAUAAAUUGCAGGCCAGCAACCAUCUGCCACACACUCUGACGCCUGAUAACAUAGAUAAUUCAAUUAAAACAUUAAUACGCAUCCUGCAGAAUCUGAAGCAAACCCAAACAAUCGUUCCCAAUCCUCCCCAGCACCAUGAGACUCAAUCAAAUAAGCACAAAGACUAUGACUAUGAACAUAGCAGUGAGAAUCAAGGAGCAAUUACUACCACCUCGAAUGAGGAGCAAGACAAUGACGAGGCUCUCACAAAACUUAAAGGACCAAAUAAACAUCCCGGACCUAGUACUGGACGCCCUGGUAUCGAUUAUCCAAACUAUGCCGAGAUUCCACAGACCAGCUUUGAGUGCACUAAGCAACGUUAUAAAGGCUUCUUUGGUGAUCCAGAAACCAAUUGCCAGGUGUGGCAUUAUUGUGAUUUGAAUGGGGGAAAGGCCUCGUUUCUGUGUCCCAAUGGCACAAUAUUCAGUCAGAUUGCCUUGACCUGUGAUUGGUGGUUCAAUGUGAAAUGUUCGACCACCCCACAACUUUAUGUGCUCAAUGAACGACUUUAUAAGUAUAUAUUGCCCUUUAAUCCAAAAUUCCCAGAGGAUUACAACGGACCCAUAGUGGAUAAAUACUUGGCUAUGAAAUUCCAAGAGAUGGAGGAGAAAAUGCGCCUGGAAAAGCAACGUAAAGCAUCCAAGCAACAGCCAGAGAAGAGUGGAGGCGAAGCAGCCUCUACUACAUCUGCAUUGCCCAAGAAUCACAAACCCUCGCCCUCAACACAUGGCAGUGGCAUUAAUGCCCAGGUCUAUGAACAAAGCUCAGAGAAAAAUCUUCUUAUCGAUGAUGAAAUCGAUGAUAUUUCUGAACGUGGAACAUUCGACACUUAUGGUCAGUCAGCUCCAACAACUGUGAUGGCGCCUACGAGUAGUACACAGGAGAAGCAAUCGUUUGGCUUGAAGCCCAUUGUUGUCUCCUCCACAACCCGGCCAGAUAUUGAAUUGGAAAUAGAACCAACAUCACCCGAGAUCGUUAGCAGCAGCGAAGAGGAAGAUAAGCUGCAAAGUCUUAGAGACACAAAGGCAGCGGAAAACAACAACAAUUCAAAGCUUGAGACCACAAAAGUUAGUGUGGAAAAGCUGGAAGUGAUUGAGAUUAAAACCGAUGGUAAUACUGGCCAAUUGAUGCCCAUAACAACGAAUAGCGAAUAAAAUAAUGACCAUAAGAGAAAUUUAGAGAGAGAGAGAGAAAGCUUGCCAUAUUUGUAAUGAGAAUUAUACAUGUUUUCUUCAUAUUAUAUUGGUUAUCAAACUUAAAUUAUUUAUAGCGAGCAAGUACUGUAAAUAGAUAAU